CGAAGCCAUGUCGAACAUCAUUAAGAAGGUCACGGACUUUUACAAGAAGGACGAGUGCGUCAAGUACUACAAGUUUGGCAAGACGCUCGGCACGGGGAGCUUUGCCACGGUGAAGAGCGCCGUCAACAAAGCGGACAACACCAAGUGGGCCGUCAAGUGCAUAGAGAAGGCGAGCCUGGCACCAGACGACGAAGAAGCUCUGCGUGUUGAAGUCGAGGUGCUGCAAAUGGUCGAACACCGGAACAUUGUCAAGCUCAAGGAAGUAUUCGAUUGCCCCAAGACGUUCUACAUGGUCAUGGAGGAAAUGAGCGGCGGCGAGCUGUUUGACCGCAUCGUGGAAAAGGAAAAGUACUCGGAGCGAGAAGCGCGGUCCGUCGUGCAAAAGCUCGCCACCGCACUUGCGUACUGCCACACGCUCGGCAUUGUCCAUCGCGACCUCAAGCCGGAAAACCUGUUGUACGAGUCGACAGAAGACAACGCUGAAAUCAAAAUUGCCGACUUUGGCUUGGCCAAACUCAUUCAAGGCAACUCCAUGAUGCAAACGGCGUGCGGGACCCCCGGCUACGUUGCUCCCGAGAUCCUCGAAGGCAAGCCGUACGGGGGCGAAGUCGACAUGUGGAGUUUGGGGGUCAUCACAUACAUCCUCCUCUGCGGCUUCCCACCUUUCUACGACGAGAACAACGCGGCGCUGUUUGCCACGAUCAAGGCCGGGGCGUACGACUUUCCGUCACCGUACUGGGACCACGUGUCCGACAGUGCCAAGGACCUGAUCAAUCACAUGCUUGUCGUGGACGCAAAGAAGCGGUACACGGCGGAAGAUGUGCUCAACCACCCUUGGGUCAAAGACCCGGAUGGAGCGAGCGACAGGGCGUUGCCGAGUUUCACGACAGAAAUGCGCCGCUACAAUGCGCGCCGACGCUUCCGUGCGGGAAUUAUGGCGGCCAAGGCAAUCCGGGGCAUGUCGUUGCUACACAAGAAGGAAGGGGAUGGUGCCGAGGGGUUGGCUCCGGCGGGGCUUUCCCCCACUGGGCGUACAGCCAGAGGGUCCGCCGCGGUGGGCGGCGAAAACGUCCAAGUCGGCCAUGCCCGACAUGGAUAAGUCGCCACGACUGUCCGUUCGGGGGCUGAGUCCCCUGUCCGCCUGGUCCAACAUCUUACGAUGCUGAGUCCAGUCACACUUUAUAUUAAAAAACAAUUCUCUACUAAAACUCGAGCCCCCACUCGCUCGUGCGGGACGACGCGA